UCAAUAUAUCAAGCUCGCUAGCUACUAGAGAAAUAGAAAUACAAGGAGAGAGAGAGAUUGAUGAUGAUGAUGACGACUAUGAAGAACAUGUGUGUAAUUUGCAUGUUGUUGGUUCUGCUUUUAGCAGUUAGUUAUGCAACUGAAGCAGAGGAGUCGGCCUGCACCAGGCUUUGCGGCGACGUCUACAUCCCCUUCCCCUUCGGCAUCGAGACUGGCUGCUUCGCCACCAGUUUCCGGGUCUCCUGCAACACGACCGACUUCAAACUCUACUACGGCAAUACCGAUAUCCAAAUCGUCGGCAUCGACCACAACAACUUCCAAGCCACAAUACUGCAGCCAAUCACAGCCGACUGCCCCAACAACAAUAGGACCGCAGGAAGCAGCACGUCGUCGGAGAUAGACCUCACCGACACGCCGUUCUACGUCAACAACACCAGGAACAUCUUCACCGCCAUCGGAUGCGGCGUCGACGCAUUCUACAAUGCGUCGUCGAGAUAUUUCUCUGAUUUUAAUAUGACCACCCGCAACUGCGUCUCGCUCUGCAACACCAACGCCACCUUCGUUAACAGCACCUGCUCCGGCAACAAUGGCUGCUGCCAGACAAGCAUCCCGCCAUUAGUGGAGCAGUUCACUUCCUCCUUGUCCAACUCCGGCGCCUCGUCGUCCAAUUCGUGUAGUUACUCGUUCCUUGUGGAUCGGUCCUGGUUCUCCUUGAAUGGGUUGACUGGGCAGGACUUCUAUGAGCGGAACGAAGGACUUGUUCCUGUCGUCGUCUAUUGGUUCUCGGUGGGUGACCCCGUGUACCGAGAUCAACUAGAUCGGCGACUAAAUUUGAAAUUAAUCUUUAUAAUUAUUAGUACAAGUGCGGGAGGAAGUUUGCUUAUUAUUCUGGCUAUUAUUACACUACGGAUGAGGUUGAGACAAAGAAAUUUGGAGAAGAAAAGGAAGGAAAAUUAUAGCAGAAAUCUACAGUUGCUGAGAAACGCACCAUCUUCUUCACCAGAUGAUAUUGUUAUCGAGAGGAUGAAGAUCUAUAAGCUAGAUGAAAUGGAAAAGGCUACCAAUAAUUUUGAUAAAACUCGAAUUAUCGGUGGCGGAGGUCAUGGGAACGUGUACAAAGGAAUUUUAUCAGAUCAACGAGUAGUUGCCAUCAAAAGGCCAAAGAUAAUGAACGAAAUCGAGCUCGGGCAAUUCAUCAAUGAGGUUUUCAUUCUUUCUCAAACUAGCCAUAGAAAUGUGGUUAAGUUCUUCGGGUGUUGCUUGGAAACGGAAGUCCCUCUGCUUGUGUUUGAGUUUAUAUCAGGUGGAACACUCUCUGAUCAUCUUAUUGAUCGUGAACAACACCCGCCUUUAUCAUUUGAAGAUCGUUUAAGGAUCGCCUACGAGAUUGCCAGAGCACUAUCUUAUAUACACUCCGAAGCUUCGAUAACAAUUUUCCAUAGAGAUAUUAAAUCAUCCAACAUUCUACUUGAUGAAAGGAAUAUCGCAAAACUAGCUGAUUUUGGUGCUUCAAGGGUUGUUACUUGUGAAAUGAAUUCGGUAACUACCAUUGUUCAAGGAACUUAUGGAUACUUGGAUCCUGAGUACCAUCAAACAGGAAGAUUAACCGAAAAGAGUGAUGUUUAUAGCUUCGGAGUCAUUCUUGCAGAGCUUUUGACAGGAAGGGCAGCAAUUCCUUACCAAAAAAACAAUGAGGUGAGACACUUAGUUAUGGACUUCUUGGGUUCAUUGAAAGAAAAGUCACUUCAUGAGAUUCUUGAUCCCAUAGUUCUAAAUCAAGCCAAAGAAGAAAUUGUUGAAAGAAUGGCGAGGCUUGUAGAGAGGUGCCUCAAAUUAAAAGGGAAUAAACGACCAAUGAUGAAGGAGGUGGAGGACGUGCUCGAAGCUAUGAGAGAGAAGAAAUCGGAUAUUGAUAUUGAUGCUAAUUGUGGUGUUGGAGGUGUUGAUUGUUUUGUUGUGGUUCAAGAGUAAUAAAUUAGAGAUGUGAUAUUUCUUAUUUACUGAGUUUUGUGUGUAAUAAAUUAGAGAUUUGGCAUUUCUUAUGAGUCAGACUUUUAAUAGAAGUUGAGAGGGUUGUACUUAAUUAUCUUUGAAUUAAAAUAAUUUUUAAUUUUA